UUCCUUUGAAAUCUAGGUGUUUACAACCAUUCCAUGGACUUUUAUUAUUAUGGACUUGAGCUGAUUUUGAUGGAUUUCGUAUAGAAAAUAAAGCACAAACCAUUCCAUCGAAAUCUCCCGCUCGGAUUUGUAAUCCAUCGAUCCUCUCCAAAUGAAACGCCGGCUUCUUAGGUCUAUCAGAAUUUCUUCUCCACUGUUGCCACUUCUUCGGCUCCUUCUCACAAAUCUAUCUCCUUCAUUAUCUUUGCUUGUGUGUGUAUAUAUACAUACAUGUGUGUGUGUGUGCGCGCACUUUCUUGUUAUAUGCGGUAGGAUUACAAGGAAUUGGCUUUUGGUUUCAGCAGUGAAGGAUCUAAAAUCUCAGCCUUUGGUGAAUCAAAAACUUGAUGUUGUUCGCCGAAUUGAACUUGAUGAAACUAGAUGUUGUUUGACGGAAUUAUCAGCCGCGAGGAAACUAUUCACCGUUUGCCGAUUUCCAUUUGAUGAACUCAAUUACGGCCACAUAACUUCUUCGUUUUCC